AUGGGGAAACCCAGCUCCGGCCGUCAUCAAGGCAGAUCCUCGCGGCACACUACUGAAGAAAAUGGCACUCGCAAGAGUCGGCAUGACAGCGACUCCAUAUCGACCUCAUCCCGCCGCGGAUCCCGUCGACACGAGACAGAGGAUGCGACUGGGGGAAGCACACGCGCAUCGCGAUCCGCCGAGACCACGACCUUCACACCGAUCCUCACAGCCGAACCAUCGGAGAUAUCUGGCACAUACUAUACUGCGCAGAACAGUAGCGAGGAAAGUGGCCGAGAUCGGUUGCGCAAGAGUGAUAGACGUGGUCAAGGGGAUGGACGGUCUGAGGACUGGGAAGCAGAUGACCAUCAAGGUAUAAGAAAAAGAGACAGUCAGGACCGUCGCCGACAAUCGCGUACGUCUAGCAAGACGGAGAGAAAGAGGAGUGCCCGCGCAUACGAGGGUAAUGAGGCAUCGUUGCCACAGAAUCAGUUUCCGGGAGAGUUCCCUGCGACCUAUUCGCAGCCUUACCGCCCGCCCGGUCUGGCUGCAGACUACUACGGCGACAACGGGGAGUCGGUCGAGCAGCAGCCUGGAGUUCGGCCCAACCAGCCGAGCGUCAUCAUAAGUGCCGACCAGAUGCAUCUCAUGGAACCGACCGCAGACGCAAAUCCUCCUCCUGAACCAAGCAGUAUGGGCCAAGUUGGCGCUGCUGCCAGCUAUUUCGGCUCAGCUGAAGUGGAAUCAGACACCGGAGUGCAGUCGACCCCCUCGAAGCCAUCCCAGAAGCCGAAUCUGGGGCCCGCCAGACCACCCAAGCACGGUCAGGCUGGGAUCAGUCCGAGGUCGAGCCCCGGUGCUCAAGGGAACCAUUCUCUUCCCGGCGCAACGCCUUUGGGCCUCGCUGCUGAGUAUUACGCUGGUGGAGGCCUUGUGUCGACAACAGGACCUGCAUACCAAACUCCAUCUCGCCCACCACCAGCAGCUCAAGUCUCUCCUGCACCAUUUUCAGCACCGGCUGGUUUUGGUGGUUCUCAACAGUACUCCAACACAGCAAUGUUUGGUGGUUCAGCUCUAGCUGGGGCCGCCGCUGGAGCCUACAUGUCCGCUCACUCGCAUCACGGACAGUUUCAGAGUCAGCAUCACAGCUCUGGAAUGAAUGCACAAGCAUCUUCUCAUUCGCCUCUUGCUCAAGGCCAAACACAGCAAGCCCAUCGCCACAAACGCCGUGGGCCUCUGGGUAAACUUGUGGACUGGUUCCGCGAUCCGGAUGCGGUGGCAGAAUUCGAAGAGUAUACCGAAGCAAUUGGGGUAUGCAAAUACUGCUUUGACCCCUUGAGCUCUCCUGCAGACGCUCCACGCAGGCAUCAUUAUCACCCGAAGAGACGUUCCUCUGGCGGCCCGUACGGCAGUACCUCUCGCGUGGACAAGACUUACAGGUACUCUUCUGACGAGGAGAGACGGCGCCGAUCAGGGGCGAAGAAGGCAGUUGCGGGAGGACUAGCAGGCUACGGAGCAGCGAAGAUUGGAGAAGCAAUGUACAAGAGCAAACACGACUUUGACGACACGUAUUCCGUGAGAUCUGGGCGGCCGAUUAACGCCGGUCGAGUCAGCUUCCAGGACGAUGAGCGACACUAUCAGCGUAAAUCCCAAGGACAUAACUCCUCGGAAGAAUUUCGUCGAAGAGACCAUGAUAGCUAUACCAGAUCGAGCAAGGUCCACACACAAAGCCGAAGCAGACGUAGCACUCGACGUGAUUCUAGUUCCUCCUCAUCAUCGCAUACCAGGUCUAGAGGUGCUGCUUUCAGUGCCACGGCUGCUGGAGCGGCAGGACUAGCAAUUGGGGCCGCCGCCAGUGCUGCUUCAAGGCGAGAUCGGAGUCGUUCACCAAAACAGAGACGGUAUUACUCCAAACGUGUCUCACCGAGGCAUUCUUACGUCGACCUCUCGGCAACUAAUGAAGGGUCGGGCGGCUUGUUGGGAUUUUUCACAAGCCCUUCGGCAAACAAGAAACAAGGCCAUAAACCCAAAGGGUUCUUCAAUUUUGGCAAUGCCUCGAGCUCAUCAUCUGAUGCUGACCUUGCUUUCGGGGCGGCUACUGUGCGCCGGAAAAACUCCAAUAAACGCCUCCAUAGCCGACGCAGAUCGACUCGACGAGAUUCAAGUGAAGCUAUCAUGGGACUUGUCGCAGCGGGCGAAGCAUUGGCUGCCGAAAGUGUUCGGCGAGACAAGAAAGGACGACAUGGUGCACACGCCGAGGGACGUCGUGUCACGACGCAAGCAACUCAUGAUUCAAUUGAUGGAAACGACGAUGGAUGGUACGAUACCGACGAUGAUGACAAUCACAGUUCAUCAAGUGUGGACUCUGCGCUCGCGUAUGGCGGAAGUGUUUCAGCACUCCAAAGUCGAGAAUCACUUUCCCAAAGCAAUCCUGUGAUAAACCCACCGAGGAUAGCACCCUCCUAUGAGGCUGCUACAAUAGGCAGACAUCGACAACGACAUUUCGAUGGCUCCAGACCGUUAAAUAGGGAUGAUUCAUCAGCAUUCAAGAUUGGCCCUGCUGGAGUAUUGGCCGCAGGUGCUACUGCAGCUGGGGCUUUGGCCGCCUCAUAUGGCCGUGAUGAAAUUGCCUCGGCCUCAUCUAGCCAUAGCAACCUACCUCCGAUGCAGGAAAUAGUACCAAGGCCAGUCUCCGACCAUGGUUCACGUGCUUCGAGAAGUGCUUCGCGACAAGCGAGAAACGACAACGAUUACGGAGUUUCUCAGUCCAGAAAGGUCUCUGCGGCGACUGUACCAUUACAGCAACCUCAGCCCGUGGUCCCCGUGGGACCAUUCUUGCAAGAGAAUGCAUUUGAUCGAAUGCGCAAGCCAGGACGUCAGGCUUCAGCCGACUUAUCCUCAGUCACGGAGGAGUACCACAAGGGUGGCCGACAAGACGACCUGGACUCCAGCCGUCGAUCGAGACGUUCUAGACGUGACUCAAGUCCUGCCAAACUCCCUUCUCAGGAUCAAAAGGGCAAUGUCAGUUUCAACCUGACUGAAGCGCAGCUACAAAACGAAAAACACACUGAAGAAAGAGGGAGCACGUGGACAAGUGGACGUGAUGACAAAGGGCGACGAAGAUCUGUUGAAGGCGACUACAUAAGAAAUGACUCCAUGGCUAAACCGGAUUCUUCACAGGGCCAGACUCAAGAAGAAGGGAAACGUUCAUCCAUCUCUCGACACUCUUCACUAGAUUCCUCCGAUGAAAGAGUAGCAGAAAUCGAGCGGGAGCUGAAGCGUCUCUAUAAAGAGCAACGUGAGGUGGAAGAACGUGAGCACAGGCGGCGCAACGAACGUUCAAGCGCCGCCAUCGUUUCUGGCACAGCAGCAACAAUAGCAGCAGCUUCCGUUGCUCUCGCCGCACAGAGCGAGAGUAGCAGUUCACCGGAGUCGGGUGGUGCUCCUCGACGGAGGUCAAGCUUGAAGAGAUCGAAGGAACGCAAGGCGUCUCCGCCUACGGAGACUCAACAAGAGAGGAUUGCAAAGAUGGCAGCGCAGCGUAUCAGAUCAACGCCGUCACCAAAGCAUGAAGAUUAUGGCUCUUUCUUUGUUCCACAAGAGCUUCAGGAGCACCUCAAAGAGCACAAUGCUCAAGCCGAACAUCGGGACGACAUGAAUGCAAACGUGGUUGAAAUUGUUCCGGGAGCGGCCGUCUCGAGACCACGACAUCCUUUUGACCCUUUCACUUAUCGACCUUUUGGCUUAUCACUAGAAGAUGAUCCCUUGUCCCACCCGUGGACUGUUCCUAUGCUGGAACUUAUUGAACCAACCCCGCCCGGAAGUCAGACUCAUAGUGUCCGAGGUGACACAAGUCCUCUUGUUGAGCCACAGUCAUCGAAGGACGUGGAUGAUGGAGACAACAUGACUGGGGAACCUCUGGAGAGAAAAGCCAGUAAUGGAUCUAAGGUGACCUGGGGUGAUCAUGAUACGUACGUCUACGAGGUGCAAACACCUGAAAACGAACACUCAGAUUACAUCCCCGAAGUCAAAUCUAGGGACGAAGGCGAGGCCGAAGACAAGCUCCCUGAUCCUUCGACACCAAUUUACGAGGAGGCAAGCCCUCGUCCAUCCAUCACCCGUGUAUGGACCCUGGAAGGCGAGGAUGCCGAAAGAAUGGAGAAAGAAGUACCUGUUGUAGAUGACAGACCUCACAUGAGUCGAGCCUGGACGGUGGAUGACGCUGAAGCCGAUCAAAUAGAACACGAUACGAAUCGAAGACCAACCUCCUUCGCAGGAGACACCAGCGAUCCGAGCUCCAUUUCACCAAGCAAGGAACCAAGUCUCCCAACUGUCGCUCAAGGUUCUUCUGUCGAACCUGUGAGUGACCUGAGCCUCAAUGGCAAGAUUGAUGAGGACUCUCAACAUGGAUCGAUCGCUUCUCGCACGAUAGGUCAACAUCCACCACGACAGCGCCUCGAGAAUGAAUCACCAGUGCGAACAGACAUGUUGCAGGACAAUAGCGUUCAGGAGUCUGCUCCACCUGCGAGGGCAAGUAAAAGUGAGAAGCGUCGUCAAGAGCGAGCAAGCUCACGUGGGUCAAUCAGUACGAUGGAUAAUGGCGACUUGUCACACAUCCCUGGCGACUACCUCGAUGAUGGUAAAGGCGAAUCUGCGGCCAUCGUAACGCACUAUCAAUCAGAUCCCGAAGAAUGGGAGCGUCAAAAAGAUACCAAAAAGUCCAGGAAAGCGAAAAGAAGCUCCAAGAGUGACGUCGGUUCCGACCGGAAAUCAUCGAAGAGACCCGACCAAGACGUUGCAAUUCCUGAACCGGAGAUCGACCAAAUUCGCCGCUCCCACACGCUGGACGAUAUUUCCGACCAGCCCUCCAGUUCUGGGGCCCAGAGACCGAGACGCAAAUCCAAACGCCGAAGUACCGGUCUAGAUGAUUCUCCUGAGGGCCUUGAUAAUGGCGACAAGCACUCUAGCAUCGGUGUGCUUCCUUCUGAUAAAAACGAUGUUAAAAAGCCUGGAGGAUUUUUCAGCAACCUUUUUUCCAGCAACAAAAGCGAUACCAGUGCAUCCAGCAACAAGACUUCAAAAUCCUCAAAGUCGGAUAGCCGAAGGGACCGGGACCGGGACCUUGAGAAUCUACGCUCGUCACGAGGAAAACAAUCUUCACAGGACCCGGCUUUCGAUCCUGGCGAGUCGGCUGCUUCUGAGCCGAGCAGGAGCCGCAGUGCUUCUAUCAGUCGCGAUAAGUCUCAAACUUCGAACUCAAGAGAACAAAGCGUUGAGGACGGGUUUGUCUCGGCGGAGGAAGAUGCCAGCGAACCCACGAAGAUACCCGUUGAAGAAGAGUCUUUUUUAGUGAAGCGCCCCGAAAUACCACCACCAAUGGACACAACUAUGCCAAUGGAUAUUGAUGGUGUCUCGGGGCUUGUAUCCGAGAAUCGUCCAUCAAAGAACCUUGACGCCGAUGCUGUUAUCUCUCCAAGUUCCCAGCCAGAGUCUGCUGCAGAAGUGAAAAAGCCUCAGGUGGACGGGCAAAAAGAUUCUACAGAUCUGGCAGCCGCUCUUCCUCUACCGAGCGGAGUAGAAGCAGCAUCGUCUCACGAGGAGGCCCAUCCCUCGACACCUCAGUACUCUUCCUCCCUGCGGCUUUCCACUUUGAGGACGGGUGAACUUCCCUCUAGCCCAAUGGCCAUUAGCUCCCCAACAGCAGUGCCUCUGCAUUUUAGACGCCCCCCUGCUUCGCCAACAAAUGCUCGGAUUUCUAUGAGCUCACCGGUUGCUUCACCUGCUUCGCCCCUCACGACACCACGCACGAGGCAGGGAAGACCCAAGUCUACGGAAUUUCGUUCGAGUAAGGAAUUCCGACCACUUUAUCUUGUCGAAAGACAAAACUUUGCAAAAAGUCUGGAUCCAGAACCGAGCGAAGAAUAUCCGUCGCUGCCUUCUAGCAGGAUGAGUUCAGCACAUGCUUCGACGGAGGACCUUCGAUCUGAAGCCCAGACGCGAGAAUACAAUCAAUUCACGCCUUCUCGCAUGAGCGCUGAAAUGUUCCGUGAUCGCGGCAGGAGGCACAGUUUUUCGUACUGGCAUGACGAGAGGAGGCGGGAAUCCCCAGAUUAUCUAGACUCCAGGUCGGCUACUCCUGUUCCCAAUGAGGCUCAAAGGGCACGCGAUGCCGAAAAGAAGCCGAAACCCAAAUAUGAGUUUCACUCACCAAGUGAACUGCUCCAGGAUCCAGCUGCAUACCGGGACGCCGCUGUUUUUGAUGAGGCCGAUAGACCGGCAAGUCCUCUGCCCAGCGUCGUUAGCACUGAUGCUGAUCAAGACUACACGAGUGCUCGCAGCAGGAGUCCAUCCCCGUUAAGAGCAAGGAGUGUUAGUCGGGGAAGAAGCAGAUCAACCUCCCGAUCGACCUCGGCUGCGUGGGAAGAUGCGUUGACAACAACGGCCGCCGGUGUCGUUGCUGGCUCCAUGGUAGUGGUUGGUGUACACGAAUUAUUGAAUAGCCCGGGGAACGAUUCACAGGCAGCCGACAGGUUGGCAAGGGACGACCAUGAGACGUCGAGUACUCCAGGAACACCUAAAGCUAGGCUUGAUCCUCCGGCUGAUAGCAACCACAUGCGUGAUGAGAAUCUCGGGUCGACGUUAGAUUUGCCUCUAGAAUUGCACCCGAACACGGCUGAUACGCCGGCUGAAGGAGUCGAGUCGGUUGCGUGUCAACAAGAAUCAUCAACCGAAACAGAUGUUGUAGGAUUCUCUCCUGAUACGAGCACAGACCCGAUGCCACAGGCUGAUGACAUUGAUAAUGGAGAACCAUUUGAUGCUUUCAAGACGAAAAAGGCAAAAAAGGACCGAAAGAAGAAGCGGAGCUCCGUACCUCUCGAGGCCGAGGCUGCAAGCACCGAACUAGUUUCUGAUGACAAACAAGCAAAAGAUAUCCUACCCACUGAGACCGAGUACUUACCUGUGCGAACUGAAGAACCUCGAGCCUGUCAGGAUUCAACCGAAAUGCCAUCAACUCAAGAAGAACCUGGUGCAAAGCAUGAACUGUCUGACAACGUCGGAUCGGGGCAUGAAUUGUCCCGAGACAAUGAUACCCCUGAGACCUCUAUAAACACCGGGAAUUCAAACAAGCUAGAGAUAAGCCCGUUUGAAGAAGCAUUGGAUUCUGCAGUCGCCGCAAGAGGUUUGGUCGAUGGUUUGACAGUCGAAGACGCCAUUCAUGAAUUGCAGCCAGAUCACAACGAAGAGCAGCAAUACAAUAAUGCGCACCUUAGCACAAUUGAUGAGGCUAACGAACCAUCUGCAACUGAAAACGAGCCGCCGACCCAUCUGUUGGGACGAAAGCUCUCCAAGAAGGAAAAACGAAAGGCGAAGAAAACUUCCAGAGGUAUGUUAGAUGCUGCCGACGGCACCGAAGAUAGCUCUAUUCACCAAAUGGACCACUCAACAACCAAAGAGCUCAACGUCUCGGAUGCUCAGCCCGAGCUCAGCCUUGAUGCCCCCAAGGGUGCUUUUCAAGACAUCAAUGAACCAAAUCCUUUUGGCGACGACUUCGAAAUACGGGAAGUCGAGCCCGUUGUUUCAACCCCAGAUUUGUCGCUUGAGUCUAAGUCGGAUCCUGUAGAAGUCCCUAAGGUCGUCGAGGCUGCGGUCAGUGCUCAACCUACAGUUGAAGGACAGAUUGCUGAUGAAGAAUGGCCUGCUGAGAAAAAGAAAGGUAAAAAGGGCAAGAAAGGCAAGAAAAAGGAAGUCCUAGGCUGGGACGACCACGAUACAAACUUUGAGAAACUACAGCCUUUGCAAGAUGCAAUUCCUGCAGACGACGAGGCAUCUGGGACAGUGGCAGCAAACAGUCCUCAACCCGGUCCAGCUGCCGAUAUUCAAGAUGAAUCGAAUCCUGAGCCAUCAUCCGCUACCGUUCAGCAAGCAAGAGAGGUAUCGUAUGUGCCACAGCCUGGGGCGGAUGAUGUUUGGGCACCUAUCGUCAAGAAAGGCAAGAAAAAGUCCAAGAGAAAGAGUGUUGCAUGGACAAGUGACGAGCCCGAUACGGCAUCUGCGGAAAACCCCUCUCCUUUUCAGAUCGAGUCUGAGGGCGGUCCUUCAGUGGACAAGCGCAACAACUCUGAUGCUUCAGUCAUAGACAAAGCAAAUCCCUCAAAAGAGAUCGAUGAGUCUGCGAAAACCCGUAACGAGCCUGCAGCCAAGACAACUCCGGCACAGGACUUCAGACUUAUUGAGGCAUCCUUGGAGCAGACACGUCUGGAUAGUCCUGAAGAUACCACUUUCGUGAAGGAUAACCAGGUAACUGUUCCAAAUGUGGCAGCUACGCCAGCUGCGACAACGUCCAUCAGUAACCCUCGCGCCGAAGAGCCUCGUGAGACAGAAAUUCCUGCUGCUGUAGUUCACAAUGAGAACCAAAACGAGGGUGAAUUCUUCAUGACGACAACCAAAAAGUCCAAAAGGGACAGCAAGAAGCAGCGAACACGGGCUUUUGAUGAACAUGAUCCCUUACCGUCGAGUGCGGAGACAUUUACAGCCGGUCAGGAUCAGAGGUCCGUCACUGUGCCUAUCUCUGACGCUCCAGUCGCGAACGAAGAAUCCGAUGACAGAACGAAAACCCAGGAAGCAUCCACCGCAGAAAUAUUGGAGAAGGUCGAUGAGGACGUUUUCAGCAUCAGUUCACCAAAGUCCAAGAAGGAAAAGAAAAGCAAGAAGAAGCGCGUGACGCUGGAUGACGACUCAGUAGGGAUUUCGACCACAGAGCUAGAACAGACAAUUCAACAUGGCGAAACAAUCAGUUCUCCUCCUGGAGAGCCCACCUUGGCCAAAGACCCGACAACGGAGGCAGAAGCCACCAUACAACAGCGGAGUUUCCCAGACCAAAAUGAAAGCUCCGAAUUCGCGCUUGUUGAGCCCAAGAUGUCCAAGAAAGAGAAACGUAAAAAGCGCAAGUCGGCCUUGGACUGGAAUUUGAUGGAAGAUGAGACAUCGACCAAGUCAGCUGAAGAUGCUAGUGACCAAGCGGCUGUCCCAGCAGAAGGCCUUGUCUUGCCAGCACCGGACAAUGAUGCGGCUCCUGGUAUUGUUCCUAACCCGGACAACGUCACCAGUCCUGAGAGCCAGACGCUGUCCGAACCCUCCGCCAUGGCUGAUGCUCCAUCAGAUCCAAUUGCGGCUUCUGAGACCACUCCAGCUGAACAUCUUCCAGUUGAGACUCUUGCAGUUGAGCCUUCCAUCGGCGAGACUCCUGCGGCUGAGAUUCCUGGAAACGAGACUCCUAUAGUUGAGCCGUCUAUUGGCAAGGCUCCUGCAGCUGAACCUUCCAUUGACGAGGCUCCUACAGCUGAGCCCUCCGUCGACGAAUCUCCUGCAGCUGAGAUUCCUGGAAGCGAGGCUCCUUCAGCUGGGAUCCGUGAAUGUAAGACUCCUGCUGUUGAAACUCGUGUCGAUAAGACUCCUGCAGACGAGAUUCCAGCUAUUCAAGAUUCGACAAGUGAAACGCCUGCUUUUGAGACCCCUCCCAACGAGCGCUCUGUUGUGGACCGUCAUUCUACAGAAGCGGACCUCAUUGGUGAUGCUUCACAAGAUUUUGCAACUGAGUCUCUCUCCCCUGAGUCAGCUCCGGGCCAUGUUCUCCCGGAAGGAACUCGCCAUCCCGAUGUAGAUUCAGCGGACAUCUAUGUACAACCCGUAUCCGCAUUGUCGCGAGAGCAGAAUGUCGAGACCAUUGAGGAUACAUCUUGGGAAGUGCCGAUGAAGAAGUCUAAGAAAGACAAGAAAAAGGACAAAAAGAAAGACAAGAGGCUCUCAGCCUUGCAACCCAGACCCCCAGCUUCGAGCCCACAUCUUGAAGACUAUGAAGAAUCAAGAGCGGAAACAGCAGACCCCGAUGCCCAUCUAUUUGAGAGUGCUGUGACAGCGAACUCCGAAGGGCCUUCAGACGUAGCACAACCCGUCCUGCCAGUCCAGCCUUCAGCCGAGGAAGAAUGGAAUAUUACCACCAAGAAGGGGAAGAAGGAUAAAAAGAAGAAGCGUCAAUCUGCCAUCGAGACAGAUCCAAAGGAUACCGAGGAUGUCUUGCCGUCGGAACCCGUGUCAGAAGCACCCAACGAACUGGCUUCUGACGAAGUCCAUAUCCCAGCAACAGGUAAUGAGGCCGGGCAGGAGUCUAACCCUGCCCGUGGUGUGGAAGAAGACAGCAUUUGGAGUUUGACAUCGAAGAAAUCAAAGAAAGAUAAGAAGAAAAAGCGACAAUCGGACGUUCCUGAAACCCUUCCCAAAUCCUUGGAGCAGUCCGAGGAGCCCAAGCUGGAAGAUCGUACGCCGCCUUUCGAUGACCAAAACACCGCAUCGGAUACCCAAAUCGCAGUUGACCGUUCUGCAGAAUCGGAUUCCACACGAGAUCCGAUGGCGCCAGCUUCUGAAUCGGUCAAGGUCAAGAAGCAAACUGAGGAAUCUAUUUUCGAGGAAUCAAACUCCGGAUCAAAGCAAAUGCGUGAGCUAGACGCAGCACGGCUGACUGAACACCCUGCUACACAAGGAUCUUUUCCUAAGGUAGUAUCAAUGGAUCUCACUGUGCGAGACGAGCGUAUCAUAGUAGCUGCCGAAGGUGAGGCACCGACGACCGCCGACGACAUAUUGCCGGGUGCACAAGUAUCAGCACUUGGAGGUCUAGAACCUCAAGUCUCAGUGCCGAGCCAAGAGACUGCGCUAUCUGAGCCUGUACUAUCUGAAGUUAGUGAACCCAAGGGUACGCAAGAUCAAGGAGCUGAAGUCCAGGCUCAAGUGAACUACAGCGUCGAGCCUGAACAGCAGGUUGAUCAGUCCAUUACAGGGAUGCCUGGUGCAAUAUCUUGGGAUUUGGCCGAACGCUCUCCCAUCGUCACGGGGCCUGCAGAUCAAGAUCUGGCCCCUGGGCUCUCCAGAAUCCUUGAGCAUCAAGACCAGGAUGACACCGCGGUGGACGAGUGGACUAUUCCGGUGAAGAAGUCCAAGAAAGACAAAAAGAAGAAACGCCAAGCUACCUUGGAUGAAGUUGCAGCGGAAUCUGACAAGGUUCUCGAUGCGCCUCAGGAAAAGCCGGAAACAGUUGAGUAUGAUGAGAUUGCUCAGAAGUUUACUCACCCACCACAGGCGCUUGAAUCUAGCGACAUGGAGCACGUUUCUACCUUCGCAGAGACCGAGCAAUUCGACACGCCCGAGGAGAACGGAAAGGGCAAAAAGAAUACGCAACACCAAUUGGUUCUCGAAGACUCCUUGGAGCCUGAAGAUGUCGUAAGUGAAGAGUCGAAGGAGGUGGGAAAUGUUCAAGGUGCAGAAGCCAGUGAGCCAGACGAUACUGGGGCGUUCUCCGAGAUUCCAGCAGCAUCAUCAUCAAUAGGUCAGUCGACAGAGCCGACAAUGGAGGACGAAUGGAGCUUGAGUAAACUGUCAAAGAAAGAGAGGAAGAAAAAGAAACGGCAGUCCACUCUUGAUGAGGCGUUGCAACCGAAGGAAGACGGGAAUCGUGAGCCAGAGCAAGAUCAACCUUUGCCUACAGGUCAAUUGGAGCCUCAAUUGCUCCAGGAGAGCACACCUCGCCUCACGGAAGAGCCAGAGUCAUCGAUUUCCUUCGGAGAAACAUCUGAGGACACAUGGGCUGCCAAGAAGACAUCGAAACAGGGCAAAAAGAAGACGAAACGGAAACAAGAAAAAGACAUCGAGAAAGAAACUAUUUCAGGGCUGGACCAACCCUUGCCGUCUUUCCUUCAGGACGGGAAGCAGGAAGAUGAACUUUCGACCAACGUCCAGCCGCUCCCGCUCGAGACUGGCACGGCUCCAGAGAACAAAGCUACCGAAGACACAUCACCCCUGCCCAUGGUCUUACCAAAUGCUGAAAACUCGCCUAUCAUGAAAGAUGCUGGUGAGCACGCCAAACAAGAAGCGUCUGGAGACCCUGCAAUCGACCCAGAUGCCAAUGAAGGCACAGCGCGGCUGGAGUAUUCUGAGAGUCAUCCUUUGUCUCACCACAUGGACAACAAGAUCGACGAAGAGGGCGCAAAGCAGGAUGACCCCCCUGAUUCAGCAGGUGCAGACAUUAAAUCUUCCGAACCAGCCAACAAAGAGCCUGUGCCUUUCGAGACCCCUGGACACACGGUGGACUCUUCACAAUCUGCUGAUUCUCCGAGACCCGAAGUGCUCGAACCCCGCUUAGGAGAUGUGCCAUUGUCGGAAGCAUUCGAACCUGCAGAUCAAGUCGGCUCGGUCGAAGUACCACCUGAAGAAGAGUGGGGCUUCAGUACUAUGAAGACUAAGAAGGACAAGAAAAAGAAGCGAAAAUCUAAACUGGAUGCCACCGAACCCGAGGAGUCUUCUGUUGCACCACUGGCUCAGCCUGAAGCAGAUACAGAAAAACUUAGUCUUGAUAUAGCGCUUCCGAUCGCAGACUCGACAAAAGAUGCUAAAACUGAGGCCAGUAUUGACGAAGAGUGGGCCAUGCCUUCAAAAAAGUCCAAAAAGGAAAAGAGAAAAAGUAAGCAGGCCAAGAUGCAAGAGAUGAGGGAAGAGCAGCAGCCACUCGAACCAGCAGUCCUUGUGCCCACGAACGCCGCAGCGAACACGAGUUCCUUCGAGAGCGAGAGAGUUGGAGACGAUGAUGCGGAACAAGUGGCUCCACAAGCGGCCGACACACAGGAGGAACCUUUGCCUGACAGACCCGAAUUGGCUCAAUCUUCCGCUCAUACCGACAAUGAUGACCAACAAGAAACAUCGCGAGAGGUUGUGGGUGAUAAUGCUGACCAGGUUUUCGAACCUGAGGCAGAUUGGAAAUAUUCAUCCAAAAAGUCCAAGAAGGACAAGAAAAAGAAAAAGCAGUCUAUUCUCGCAGAGCCCUUCACUGAGGAGCCUGCGACGUUCACAGAAACAGGGGAAACGUCGGUGUCAAACCCUCUCGAUGAUACCGGCCCGUCGACAGAUCCUAAGUCGAUUGAUGCGGCUCCGGAAGAUGAUUGGGGGUUCACCACCAAGAAAGGAAAGAAGGCCAAGAAGAACCGAGGAUCGUCCACGAACAAUAGCCGUACUUUAGUCGAAGACAACACUGUGGGUCUGGUCGAAGAAACAGAAAAGGGCCCUGUCCUGACAAACGAUGCUGCGGAGCCAACUAAAAACGACGAAGUUGAAACGCAAACACCUCGUCUAGCUCCAUUGGAGGUUGGAGAUACGGAGGCACAUCCUGUCAGCCGGAAAAAGUCCAAGAAAGACAAGAAGAAAGCACUUGCUUUCUGGCCAGAACAGGAACAGGGCGAACCUGGUGGAACUAUGGAGCCUCCGAUGCAGUCCCAACUUGAUACCGAGCAUUCUCGUCUGGGGCAAGAUCAGCAGGAACCUCUGGUGACUUCUGGCCCCGAGACAGAGAGUUACCCUAUUGCGCCGUUGGACGAUACAGCAGUGCAGUAUCCAGACACGAUGAUAGCUGAAUCAGGGACUACACUGGAGCCAGCCGAUAUUGCUGUGGUCGAUCCAGCAGAACAUACUCGAAGCCUUAUUUCGCCUGAUGUUGCUAGUAACGAUGCACCGUCUGGGGUAGAUCUUACCCACGAAGAGCAAGGAUCAGACGGUCAGGGCCGACUCGAAGAAGUCGGUGCCGUCAAAGACAGGAAAAAGAGGAACAGGCAAUUUGAGGUCGAUGGGACACAAGCGUUUGAGGAGAUGGCAGAAAAUGAAGGCAAGAAGAACAGAAGGCAAUUCGAGUUUACAGGGGAUGGAGUAUAUGCUACCCGUUCUUUGGAAGGGCUUGGCCAUGCACAGGUCGAUGAAGGAGACCCAUUGAGAGUCUCAGAACCUGCCAGUGAUGAACGUGGACAAUCACAGCUAGGAGACCUCAUCCAGCCGCGGGAAGAAGAUGAGGUAAUGUCUGAUAUGAGUGCCAGCACACGAGAAAGACGUAAGCGGAGGCGGUCUCCUCCUGCCUGGUCGGGACAAGAACCAGAGGAUCUCCCGACAAAUCGGGCUCUCACUCCUCCUCCAGACCACGACGACAUCAUGGAUACUGCUCUCGUCGUCGCUGCUGGACUCGGCAUCGGGAACAACGAGCACGUACCUCCGACGGGAGUGUCCCGCAAAGCGACAUCGCCAGUACGACAGCCUUCGGCCGGUUGGUCUUUCGCCCAACUCGGAAGAGAGCACGAAAAUCGUGACAGUGGUAUCCAACUUAACUCCCCCAUGCUUACACAAGGUCAGACUUCGUCAACUAGGGACAGCGGCUUUGUCCAAGGCGCGUCCAAGAAGGCUGAUGCAGACAUGGACGUAUCACUGCGCCCUCCCAGACCACAUUCUCCUACUAGCUCCACGGAAGAUGUGUCAAAAGUUGGAUCGGGACCCAGGCACCAGGAGGAUAGAGCGAUUCUGGAAACCCCACGGCGAAAGCCUUCGCCAGUAGAGUCAACUUCGAAGGAUCGCUCUUCGGGGCUGUUCAAUUCAUCCCCAGCAAUGCCAACACCAGUCGACACCAGGGUUGGCGAGAGAAGUCCGGCAGCUGUGUCAAGUCCUCUCCGCCGAAGUCCAAGCAUCCAUGGCCAUCACCUCAGCCGAGAAGAGCUGAGACAAAAGGCCAAGUCAACCAAUAGUCUGGGGCCAAGUGACAUGUUAGCUUCCAGUUCCAUUGGGAGGCCCCUUUCGGCAGAGGCCAGCCCUACGGCAUUCCAGACUCACGCCGACCGCCCGUUCUCCCCACGGAGCUCCCUCAACCCCAUCCGUGAAGAGACGGCCGACGGAUUCUCGAGACAUGUCCAGUCACAUCCAUUCGCAGAGCCGCCGGUGUCUCUGGCACCACAGUCUCGGUCAGAGAACGCACCCAUGAUGGGCGCUGCGAUGGUGGGCGGGACUGCAGCAGCAGCAGCAGCAGCCGCAGUGGCGAUGCUGCCACGUGAUCUGGGGCCGGCGAAAUCUCUUGGCACCAGCAAAUCGCGGACUUCGUCGUUGCGCAGCCUGCGCGGCGCUUCCAACCACGUCGACGGCGCCGUGCACAGUCCCCCGUCCAACAGGUCUGUGCAUGAUCAGGACCCCGGCAAGGCUGUCUCCCGCGAUAGGGACAUGGCAGACGUCUACGUAAGUAUCUCAACCGCAUGCCGCCCCCAGGACGCGUCUCCAGCUGCUGACUCUCAUUGUCCACAGGAUGGCUAUGGCUCCUACCCAGGCAGCCCCAAGUCGCCAACGCGGCCACCUAGCAUUCGGCGCCGACAGAGUAUGCAACAAAUCAAGGAUCUCGAGGCAAGGCUGGAUCAGCUAGCCUCCGAGAACCGUGCUCUGGCCGAAGCCAAGCUUUUGGCUGAGCAGUCCCUGGAACAUGCCCACUUUGAACGUAACCAAGCUGAGCGCUCGAUGAAUGUUCCGAAUGAUACAACCGGUCAAUUGCAAGAGAGGGAUGCGGAGAUUGCGCGACUGAAGGAAGAGAUCGCUGCUUUGAAUGCCACACACGAGAACCUGAGGAGAGAGUACGAACAAAGCCUGGCUGCUCUACGGCACGAUCAUGAUUACGCACAGAGCCAAUGGCAAGAAUCCUCUCGGGAGCUCGAAGUACUGCGAUCGCGUCAUACCGAGCUGUCGAAUGGCAUGGAGUCGAUCGUAAGGCACGAGAUCGAUACCGCGCUGGCUGCAAAGGACGCCGAGGUGCAACAACUGCGGCAAGACCUGGAGGAGGCGCGGGAAAAGAUCCGAGAGCUGCAGUCGGAAAUCCUCAAAAAGGGUGCAGACAACGUGAUUGAUUUCCACGACGAAGACUACUUUGAUGCGGCUUGCCAGAAGUUGUGCCAACAGGUUCAAGGAUGGGUGCUCCGAUUCUCCAAGUACAACGAUCUCAAAAUGUGCCGGACCACCGACGAAGUGCGCGAGGAGAAAGUGGUGGACCGAUUUGACAACGCCAUACUCGACGGUUCGGACGUGGACAUCUAUCUUGCCGACCGUGUCAAACGUCGUGAUGUUUUCAUGUCGGUGGUCAUGACCAUGAUCUGGGAGUAUGUCUUUACUAGAUACCUCUUUGGCAUGGACCGUGAGCAGCGACAAAAGUUGAAACAACUGGAAAAGAACCUCGCGGAGGUUGGGCCUGCGAGUGCGGUACACCAGUGGAGAGCUCUGACGCUCACUCUCCUCUCGAAACGUGAGAGCUUCAAAGCUCUACGGGAAAACGACACGGAGGCCGUAGCCAUCGAGAUCUUCAGUACGCUGUCGAGGUUUCUCCCCCCACCACAUCAUUUGGAAGAACAAAUCGUUGCGUCGCUGCGGAACGUCAUGAACACGGCGGUGGAUCUCUCGAUCGAGAUGCGCACCCAAAGGGCAGAGUAUAUCAUGCUGCCACCGUUGCAGCCGGAGUAUGACACCAACGGUGACCUUGCACGCAAAGUGUAUUUCAAUGCCAGCCUGAUGAACGAGAGAAGUGGGGAAACGACGAGUAAUGAAGAUCUGGAGCGAAACAAGGCCGUCGUUCGAAUGGUUCUGUUCCCACUUGUCGUCAAGAAAGGCGACGAUAACGGAGUUGGGGAUGAUGAAAUCGUGGUUUGUCCAGCGCAAGUGCUGGUUGCCCGGCCGGACAAAGGAAAGAAGCCAAAGAGCUCGCGAGUGGCCAGUGGAGGUAGCAUGGGUGAUCGAAUGAAUAUGGACGCGCGAAGUCUUCGUGCUGUCAGCACUCACAGUUUGGGUGCAAUGAGCGGGAUCGAGGCCACCGAUAAUACGCCUUAG